UUGCGGAGCACGUGCAUUUUCAUUCGUGCAUGUUGAUAAACAGUCAAAUAUACUGAGAUUUAUAUAUCAACUUGCUUAAAAAAUUGGUCUAUCUGUGACUUUAUUUGGACAGCGAAGGAACCAACUUACAUGUCACCUAUAUUUCUUCACAAUAUUCUGUGUGAAUAAUAAAAAUCUUAGAACAUUAAAACAAUUGUUCGAUCUGGUCAUUCAUUUUUCUUUACCAGAUCUUCCUUUCGUUUCACUUACUCGCAAAAAGCAAAAAAAAAACAAUUGUUUCUCGGAUACGAGAAUACUUUUCUUGAACUUACGUUGCUUGGUUGAAUCAAUAAGCAAGCAAGAAAGAGAAGAAGACGUAGAAGAGUGUAGGAUGUUGGUGUUGCCGCGUGACGUGAUCAAGUGGCUGCAGAGUAUGGACUUGAGUGUGGUGUGUGUGCGCAAUGUGAGGCGCGAGUGUUCCAAUGGGUAUGUGGUGGCCGAGAUCAUGUCCAGAUACUUCCCCCACAAUGUGUCCAUCCACAUGUUCCACAAUGGCACAUCACUCGAGUGCAAGGAGAAGAACUGGAGUGUGCUCAAGAGAGAAAUUGAGAAGUUGGAACUGAAUAUCCCAGUUGAACUAAUGGAAGAGACUAUGCACAUGAAGCCAGAUGCAGCCGAACUGCUCAUCCAGAUACUUUACAACCGGACCACCAAUCGCGUGAUCAAAUCCCUCCCUGUAGACCACGAGAUAGAUUUUAGCGACUGGUACUACCAACGUACUCUGCCCCUGCACGCAAGAUCCACAGCCGCCAAAGCAGUGAGCAACAACAUCAAAUUCACCGAGCUCAUAACUGCACCUAAUGAACUGUUGAAACAGCACAAAGCACAGACUAUUGUGAACAAACACAUGGAACACAGAAUGCAGAACAGACUGGAGUACCCGGAGAGGUUCGACAUCGAACCCUCGUUGGGAGAACUGUGUCCGCGACGCCCGCCGCCUCGAGAGAAUCAAGCUAACAAGAAUCAUGCGGCGACUGAUCACAAGAUUUCUGCCCAAGUCGAAGCUGCGCAUUAAAACAUCAUACAUUUUAUUUGCAGAAUAAUGUCGAAUCGAGUUUACUUUCUAUACCUAA